AUGGCGCCCGUAAUGCUAAAGACGGUCGAUGACGACAUCCAAGACGUCAUCCAGCACCUCUUUGAGAUCCAGUCGGCCGUCCAUGGGUAUCUAGGCCCGGAGACGCAGCAAGAGCUGGUGCGCAAAAUCAAAAACCUCACGCUUGCCCUCUCAACCCUAUCAACACAUACCACCCUGCCCCCCAACGCUGCCGAAUCAAUCACCCCCAACAACACCUCUGACCCCUCAAACCCCCCACUCGCCAGCAUCCAACUCCCACCCGAGAUCAUCGAGUACGUCGACGCAGCGCGCAACCCGGACAUUUACACGCGCGAGUUCGUGGAGCUGGUUCAGCGCGGGAAUCAGGAUCUCAAGGGGAAACGGGAGGCUUUCGCCGAUUUCCGGGACGUGCUGGCGCGGGAGAUGCGCAGUGCCAUGCCAGAGUGUCGGGGGGAGGUGGAUCGGGUGGUUUCUAUGACGGGGGGAACCGCCGGAGGUGAAGAUCGGGAGGAUGGGGCGUCGAAGUGA